AUGAGUGCAGACUGUGUCCAGCUGGGAGGGGAGCAGUUUGUAUUCCACUGCUGUCCUGCCAUGAUACUGAGCCCUUUCCUAGUAGCAGUGGUGGUGGUCUUUGCCAGUGCCGUCACUGGCUGCCCAGCUCUGUGCACAUGCCACAGCCAGGUUGUGGAUUGCAGCAGGCUUUGGCUCUUUUCAGAGCUGCCAGUUUUUCCACUGGACACCAGAAACCUGAGCCUGGCUCACAACCGCAUCACCACCAUUCCUCCUGGAUAUCUUACCUGCUAUUCUGAGCUGAGGGUGUUGGACUUGCGGAACAACUCUCUCGUUGAGUUACCUGUUGGACUUUUUUUGGCAUCCAAACGCCUCUCCCACUUGGACUUGAGCUACAACAAUUUGACUCACGUGGGGGCCGAUAUGUUCCAAGAGGCCUACAAUCUGGUGCACAUUGACUUGAGCCACAAUCCCUGGCUGAGGAAGAUCGACCCCCAGGCUUUCCGAGGCUUGGUCCAACUGCGUGACCUUGAUCUCAGCUAUGGGGGCCUGACUUUCCUCAGCCUUGAAGCCCUGGAGGGUCUCACAGACCUGGUGACUCUUCAAAUUGGAGACAAUCCCUGGGUGUGCGGUUGCACCAUGGAGCCGCUACUGAAGUGGUUGAGAAAUAGGAUGCAGCGAUGCACAUCAGAUACUCAGAUGGCGAAGUGUCGGGAGCCACCCGAAAUGGAGGGAGCCCCUUUGUUUUCUCUGACAGAGGAGAGCUUCAAGGCCUGCCACCUGACCUUGACACUGGAUGACUAUCUCUUCAUUGCUUUUGUGGGCUUUGUGGUCUCCAUUGCUUCAGUGGCCACCAACUUCCUGCUAGGUAUCACUGCCAACUGUUGCCAUCGCUGGAGCAAGGCAAGUGAGGAUGAGGAGAUCUAG